AAAGUGACCACAGUUAUCGAAAAUAUUUUGAAACCGAUAUGCAAGUAGUUGCUAUCGAGAUAUUUAACGGUUCAUAAAUUGCUACAAAAAUGUUGCAGAGUAAGUUCUUUUGAUUUAACGGUUUUGCACAUUUAUACAAUCUUGGGUGGUCCCGGAACGACCAAGCCAAAGCCUGCUGCUUCGUUUCCACCCCCAGCACUUUAGUGCGCCGACUCGCAACUCACUUUACUUUUUUCCUCUGCCAUCUCGCUUGCACUUUUAUAUACGAAUUGUCCUAGGACCAGUCUCACCCUAUUAAGGUCUCUCACCGCGCAUGUCCUGCAAAGUGUUAAGCGCAGAUCUCAUGUCAAUGUCCUGUUCACGAGCUUAGGCCAGUUUGACAUAUAAGUUCUCUGGAAAAUCAAGAGUGACAGAGAAAUGAAAGUGAAAAGGAAAACUGUCUAUGGAAACUAAUGAAAUAAAAAUUAAGAGGAAGUGGCUAAACGUUGGUAAUAAAUCAAUAAUAAAUGAGUCUGCGCAUGACAAUUGCAAUUGGAACACACUAUCCAGCCGAGAGAGACAGAGGGAGAGAUUGACAUGCGCACUACUGCAAUUGGGUGGUAAAAUGCAUUUGGCUUAGCCUUAAACAACAACCCGAGCACACCCGGUUAAGGGGGGGAAGUAUUUGAGGUAUUCGCUUAGGGGUUGAUUUCGCCUGGUUGCCUGCGGAGUUGCGCCGUUGGUCCUCGUCGUAAUCAGCCAUCCUCUUCGUUUUCACUUGUCUGUGCCCAGCGUUUAAUUGUUGUUGUGAACAGGACCAGCGCGGAGGCAGUGCCUCAAAAGAAAAAAAAUUGGCUUACAUUUUCUGUAUUGAUUAUUUGGAUUAUAAAAUUUAUUAAAUUUCGUGCAAUAUCUUUUAACAACCCCCCAGGAUGAGUCUCAAGUCGAGUGCGCGCAUUAAGAAACGACGCUCCGAUGCGGCAGCGGCUGCCUUUGGAGCAAAUAGUGUCUCAUCAUCCUUUGCCAAUACAACCACCACCUCCAGCAGUAGCAGUAGCACCACUACUGCCAAUACUAGCAACAACAACAACAACAGUAAUAACCAAGCUGUCCCUCCAUUGAACAACAGCCACAUCAAUCCCACGUCCGGGUUGUCCAAUGCCACUAUCAAAAAGCACAGCUUUGUUGGCCGUAAUCCGAAUUUCGAUACGGAUGAGACCAAGCUACUCAUCCAAUUGUGGGGUGAUCCCAAAUUGCAACGAACUCUCAUUACCACUCAUAAAAAGCAUGCGGUGAUCUGUCAAUUGGCGGCCAAAAUGCAGGAAUAUGGUUAUCACAGGUCACCGGAGGAAAUAACCACCAGAAUCAAGAAUCUGAAGUGUUUCUACAAUCGCCUGAAAAAGGACAAGGAAUGCGGUGGCUUGGGUGCCGAUACGGAGCCAAGUUGGAAACACUUUGCCGAAAUGGAUGCCAUCAUGACGCGGCCCAUCUUUAGUGUGCGUCCCAAUGAGGUGCCGGCACCAUCAUUGAAAUAUCAGCUGGAACAGGCACUGGAAGAGCAUGCUGAGCGUCGAAAGCGACGCAUAGAGAAUGGUGAGGAGCUAUCCGAGAGCGAUACCGAAGAGGAUGACAUGCUGUUGUCCGCUUUGGUUCACAAAACUAAAGACCCAGUUCCUCGGCGAGAGGACGAUACAGAACAGGAGCAGCUAGAUGUUGAUAUCAAUGGCACCGGAAAUGGCGAAGUGGGAGGUGUGUCCAGGGAAGAUAAUACAACGUUGGGUGUCAAGCGUCGGAAACUUUCACCAAUAGCCACAGAUGUGGAUAUGGGAGAGGCUUUAAAUUGUCCACCCAGCAUUAAGACUGAACCGGGACAAGAAAUAAAACCAGACACAACAUCUGCACCUGCUCCUCCACCAAUUCCAACCGAGCCAGAGGUGGAGGAGGAGGACGAUGAUUGUUUGCUCCUGCCCCUGACCAAGGAGGAACCUAUUGAUGUGGAUGCCGCCGACGAGAGAUCUUCGACUUCUCCAGUGGCAGUAGCACCACAACCCGCUGCCACUAUGCCCACAUUGGUGGACAUGUUGCAAUUGCAGACCAAGAGUCCAUUUACAUCAGCCAAUAUCAUUCCGGCCAGCAGCAUUACGACUACAGCCAGUUGCACCUUGACCACGGCCAGCAAUUCAACGACUGCCGGAAAGUUACAACCUGGGAAAAUUUCACUGGUGCCCACUAAUUUCCUCAUGCAGCCCAAAAUCCCUGGAGCGGCGCCUACUGCCAACAAUGCUGCCAACGCUCUCAUCAGUCAAGCCAAGGCGGGGGCUCCUCAGUUGCAAAUUCUACAAAGUGCCAUCAAUCAGGGGGCCCGCCUAAUGAUUAGCGGAACUGCUCCCGCUGCCGGUGCUCCGACAGGUAAUCCUGGUCUAAUGGCUACUGCACCGGGGGGAGUCAAAUUCGUCCUGGUCAAUGCAGAUCAAGCAAAAGCCGCAGCCGCUGUGGCAGCGGUGGGCAAAUCUUCGGCCUCGCUACCCUUAGCCACAGCCCAGGCGGCGGCGGCUGCUCAGGUCCAACAGCAGCAGCAGCAACAACAGCAACAGCAGCAGAAACAAUUGCAGCAACAGAAUUUUCAACAAGAACAGCAACAACAGCAGCAACAACAAAUACAACAGCAGCAACAAUUGGAAAAGGAUGAUAAGCGUCGUGCACAGGAUAGGGCACGUGAUGAUCAGCAAUCCAAGCGUCACAUGACAACUAUGAGAAUUCUUUUGCGACAGCUGCUCAAUGCUCAAAACGAAGCCAAUGAGAUUCAACAUAAUCGUCUAUCAUUGGAACGCGAACGCCUGGAUUGGGAAAAAUCAAUGGGUGAUCGCUUGCUAACACUAUUGCCAAAUCUCUUGCAAUCUGGAGGAUCUGCCACGGCGACAAGUAAUGCUGGUCCGACAGCUGCUCCAACGCAGCAGCAAUUUAUAGUCUCAGGCAAUGGCGGAACAGCACAGCGUUUGCAGCCACCCAAGUUACUCUUUACCACAGCUCUGCCCAUGACAAAUGGCACCACAAUGGCCAUGCCCCAUAUACUCGCAUCGAAUUCGUUGCCCAAGGUUAUAGCGGCGACGUCAUCCAACGCUACAGCAACUACAGCCAAGCCAUCAACCUUGGAUAAUGAUGUCCAAUUGAUUACGCCCAAACUGGAAAAGGAAGCUUAAGCUCAACUGCAUUACCAAAACUAGUCGACUUUCAACUGAAUGAUAUUAUAAGAAAUAUUCUCAAAGUGAUCUCCUGUAGAAGUGAAACGAAUGAUAUUCUUGCCCGCCAUUUAAAUUUUUGAAAUUCCACGCUGUAUAAAAUAAAACUGUCUAACAAUUUCAGUUCUAAAUUAA